GCCGCCGGGUGACCUAAACUCAAUGCGACUCGCGACGUCUGUUGUGGUCAAUUUGUAGUUCACAAACAACGAUGAACAAUACUUGCUGAUUAUGUGGUUAAAAUCUACUUGUUUUCCGAAAGACAACAAACACUGAAAAUUCGUUCGAAACAUUUGUGGCGUUAGGUCUGCGUUUGACUCUGACAUAAGGAGGGAAAAAGACGAGAGCGGUCAACACCUUCCAAGAAAGCUCUCACUAGUGUAAAAACUGUCGCUCUCGACGAUCGUGAUUGGUUAGCAUCACCAUCGAGGAACUGUAAUACUUCCGCAGAGGAUACAUUAGAGGAGUUUCUCGAUGUAAAACUAGCCCGAGGAUGGUCUUCAAUGCACGUUCAAGAAACACGAGACGCUCCUUAAUGUGGCGGUGUAAGAACCACUUACCGAUUACCUUCAACCUUAAGAGGAGCGACAUGAACCCCAGGUCAACUGUUUCAUAAAUAUCACAUAUAUCACACUACAUGUAUAAAGCCGGAGUCGGCAGCGCAAGUAACUGGCGACCAUUUUGCGUCGGAGUUCUCUACGGAAGGCUCUACUGCAGAUGACGUAAGAAUGGCCCAGGGGAUACCAAGUGAACUGCUGAUGAACAACACCCUAAUAAGUGAUCUAGCAGAAGUGGCAAAAGAUGCAGCACUUUUACAUGGUGUCCUUCUGAGGAUUAAAGAAUCCCCCAAUUCAUCAGAGGUGGUGACAUAUGCUCCCUUCACACUAUUCCCCACACCUGUACCAAAAGCUCUUUUCCUCCAAGCCAUGGCAGUUCAAACGCAUUACAACACACUGAUGGAUAAGAUUAGCCAGGAUCCAGACUUCCUUCAAGAAGCUCUUGCUAGCACCAUUUCUGUGGAUGAGUUCACUGCAAGGUUGUACAGGAUCCAUCAGCAGGUCCUCAAAAAAGGAAGGUCCCAGUCAAUUGUGUUAGGUCUGAAUCGAUCAGACUACAUGCUGGACCAAAAGGAGGAUGGACCCACAUCUCUGAAACAGAUUGAGAUCAACACCUUUGCUGCUAGUUUUGGUGGCCUUUCCUCACGUAUGCCUGAUGUACACCGACAUAUCCUUAAGGUGGCUGGCCAGUUGAAGGCGAGACAGUGCAUCACUGACAACGACCCUGCAGUUGGUCUGGCCAAAGCUGUGGCAAAGGCCUGGGAGCUCUAUGGAUCAAAGCGGGCGGUUGUUAUGUUCUUGGUGGAGGAGAAACAGAGGAACAUCCUGGAUCAACGUUAUAUUGAAAAUGAGCUGUGGAAAAGGAAUAUUGUCACCAUACGGAAGAGUUUUGAGGAUGUGUCCAAAUCUGGAGAGCUUGAUGACAACAAGCGACUGUUUGUUGAUUGUCAGGAAGUUGCAGUGGUCUACUUCAGGAAUGGCUACAUGCCUCAGAACUACAAGUCUGAACAGGACUGGGAAACUCGCCUGAUGAUGGAGUUCUCUAUGGCUGUGAAAUGUCCAGAUAUCAGCACCCAUCUGGCUGGAACUAAAAAGGUCCAGCAGGUGCUUGCUCAGCCUGGUGUUGUGGAACGGUUCUUCCCUAACCAGCCACAAGUAGUUGAACAAAUUAGGGCCACCUUUGCUGGCCUCUACACUCUGGACAUGGGAGCUGAAGGUGACAAAAGUGUUGCAAUGGCUUUGGCGACACCAGAUCGGUUUGUCUUGAAGCCUCAGCGAGAGGGAGGAGGAAACAACAUUUAUGGACAAGAGAUCUGUGAGGUUUUGAAUAAAGUGAAGAACAGUGCUGAGAGAACAGCCUAUAUUCUGAUGGAUAAGAUCCAGCCUGUGCCAACACAGAACUACCUACUAAGGAGAGAAAUGCCCCUUAAAGUCAGUACUUGUCUGAGUGAACUUGGCUGUUUUGGAGCUUAUGUCAGGCAGGGUAAAGACAUGGUGAUGAAUGAUUGUGUGGGCCAUCUUCUGAGGACCAAGAAUUCGGAGCACUUGGAUGGUGGCGUAGCUGCUGGAGUGGCGGUGUUGGACAGCCCACUUCUUUUCUGAGAAGGUGCGCCUCUGCCUUGACUACAAAAGAAGACACCCAAAUGCACCAACCCUUUACAUAAAAAAGUUAUGUAAGAUAGGGAUAUCCAGUGUUAUUUCAUACAAACCCACAUUUGGAAAACAAGUCAAAUUCUUGUUUUGGCAGAGCUCACAAUUACCAAUUUGUUCAUCACAUCAGCCAAGUAUGGUAGAUGGCAAGUUGGCACAUUCGCCUCACAUUUCUUAGAGUGAAGGAUCAAACCUUGGUUUUCUGCCUUUCAAGGUUUCAAAGUUUUUCGGGCACUCUGGUUUCAUUCCAAAAACGUGUAGGCUAGAUUAUUUGAACACUUAAAUUGCCAGUAGGUGUAAUUGAAAGAGCUGAUGUUUGUUUUUUUUUCUUUGUGAUUGACUGGCAGCCAAUUCAGGGUGUAUUCUGCCUCUUGCACAUAUUCUGCUGGGAGAAACUCCAGCACCCUCCAACUCUCUUGAGGAGAAAAGGUAUAAAUAAUGGAUGAAUAUUCUGUAGCAUAAAUGACAGCAGUCAUCCCCGAAGGGUGAAUGGCAACAAUGCAAUGUUUUCUGAUAUUGACCUUCCAAGGCAAAAUCAUUGUUUUAAUUCUUCCAAGGCAAAAUCCUUGUUUUAAUUACCAAUUUAUUGAGACGCUAACCUCCAAUAUUAUUCAUUAAGCAGCUUUACAAGACAGGAUAAGUCCAAAAUGAUUUGGAGAAAAAUCUAGGAUCUGAUAAAAUGUGUUUUUGAUGUAAUUCGCGUCCUUGAAACAAAAUCUUGUCGUAUAUAUAUACUAUAGAUCUAAAAUAGGUUCAAUAAUCCUGGUAAUGUCUAGUAUAAUCCUCAAUCUUGAUUAUAGAAUUAUACUCCAGUCGUGUACUACCCUAUCUGACUGGAUGACGUAUGGUGUGAUCUACCUGAAUAUGGCAGCUAGUAAUCAGCUGAUACCUAAAAUUCCUCUGAGAUUCAAAAACUGCCAAACCAAUACUACUGUAAUUGUGGGAAAAUAUUUUGAUGUUUUUGUUCGUUGGGUACAUUCCAAAUUCUUUUUAUUGGUCCGGCAGUCGGGAUGUUUAGUUUUAUCAGUGUUUUCUUCCAUUUAGCCAUACAAAAAUAAUCAACAGUUAACCUUAAUUACACACGCACAAUAAAACAUAUAUUUUUCACAUAGGAAAAGAAACCAUAGAUGUGUCAUAAGAUAGCACCUUAAAGCACAGUGAAAUGAAAACCAAAUAUGAAUUAACUGUGGUACAAUAUUUUCAUAAAAUCAAAGCAAUGGUGAUUGUUUAUUGUAAUGGAUUGUUUUAGAAUUUCUAUUACUUGUUUACAGAUCAUUUAUCGAUAUUUUAUAUCUGGUUUAACUUAACAGACCUGAGCUGAUUUGAGUCAUCAAGCAGUCUGUCGAACAGGGUUUUUCUUAAACCUGACUAGCGUGAAGACUUACUUUUGGCAAAUUCCUUUACAUAGACAUGUUUAGACAAAAAAUGGUCUUGUACUUCACCUGUGUGAAUAUCAUCAUGUUCUAUAUCAGUUAAUGAAAUGUAUGCUCUGUGCAGUGUGUUUUUCUUGUAAAACAGUUAUUGUACAUCAUUUAUCAAAGGUGAAAGUUGUUUUAAUAUGGAUAUACACAUACUGAUAAUCUGGCCAAAUAUGACUUAAAAAGGGUUUAAAUGGUAAAAAUCUUUCUGAGUGGCCCAGUAGAAAUGUUUUUUUUUUUUUAAAUUGAUAUGCAUCCCUGAGGGUGUAAUUACAAAACCUUCAAGGCCUAAUGGAAGGCUGGUACCAUUUAACCCACUAGAAGUAAGAUAAUUUUUUUCUAUCCCGUGCUUCAAAUUAAGUGAAAAUUAAGGAUAUCAAUUGAACAAAAUAAAAGUUUGAUAAA